CUUGUCAUUCCUUCAGGCAAUUGUCAUUCUUGCUGUCAGACCAUGGACUUCAUGCAACAGACUACACACUACAACUCGGGCACUGACGAUAGCCAGUGCCGACUGAAGUUUGUCAACUUUGAGGCUCAUGAAAACCACCCUUCCCAUGAGACACAGGGGCUCAGCAAAACACACCUGGUGGUGCGACGAGGGAAACCUUUCAGACUGACACUGACGUUUCGCGGCCGGUCGUGGAAUCCUCGCACAGAGAACUUGGUCCUGGAGAUUUGGAUAGGCGGUCUGUCAGAGAGGAUCCCAGUCCAGUUUUCUGAUGAGCGAUCCGACCCCCAAUGCUGGUCAGCCAAAACCUACCCAGGCGACAGGCGUUCUCAGUCAGUCACCAUCCACGUCUGCUCCCCUGUUCAAUCCUCUGUGGCUCAGUAUCGUCUUCUGGUCCACAUAGAGACCACACGGUACAGAAGGAGCUAUGCAGUGGGGACAUUUGUGCUGCUCUGCAACCCUUGGCUGAAAGAUGACCCAGUGUACAUGCCACGGGAUGCCCAAAUACAAGAAUAUAUCAAGAGUGAUUACGGGUUGGUGUACAUGGGCACCCAUCUAAACAUUAAUGAGCGGCCCUGGUCCUUUGGUCAGUAUGAGCCUGGGGUCCUAGAGGCAUGUCUGGCGCUCCUGCAGGUCAGCCCACAGCACCUCAGGGACAAAGACGCAGACUACGUUCGACGAGCAGACCCGGUCUACCUCAGCAGGGUGAUCUGCGCUAUGGUGAACUCUAAUGAUGACCUGGGUGUGUUGGAGGGGAAGUGGCAGGGCAGCUACGAAGGUGGUGUCAAUCCUACAGAGUGGAGCGGCAGCGCUGACAUCCUGCACCGCUGGGUCUCGUCAAAUUGCAGCACCGUGCGCUAUGGACAGUGCUGGGUCUUUGCAUCUGUCCUCUGCACAGUGAUGAGAGUGCUGGGGAUUCCCUCCAGGGUGGUGACAGUCUUUAACGCAGCCCAUGACGGUGAUGGCAACCUGAAGAUUCAAGAAUUUUACACGAGCACAGGGGAAAAGCUCAACCUGUCCAAGGACAGCAUUUGGAACUUCCAUGUGUGGGUGGAGUGCUGGAUGAGGAGACCAGACCUCGGUGCAGGGUUUGAUGGCUGGCAGGUAGUGGACCCGACCCCCCAGGAGAAGAGUGCAGGGAUAUACUGCUGUGGCCCUUGCCCAGUAGUUGCCAUCCAGCGACGUUGCCUCCGCGCCCCUUAUGACACGUCGUUCAUCUACGCCUCCGUAGACGCUGACGUCAUACGGCUGAUUGUGCGUGACGGUUGGGUGGUGGACAGGAAGGAGGACACUAAGUCGGUGGGACAGCUGAUCUACACCAAGAGCAUCGGCUCAGACGCGCCAGAGAAUCUGACUCAGACUUAUAAGGGCAAGAACAAGGAGAAACCAGCAUUAUACAACACUUUCUUAGGCAGAGCGACACAACAAUCAGCCGCCACGCCAAUGUGCAUGUCAUCUGUGUCAAGGAUGCAGAGCGCUUCAAUGGUAGGAGAGGGAGGAGAGAGCUCACCCGGUUUGAAGGUGUCCCUAAGCAUAGAUGGGGUGCCAUUACUGGGUGAGAGCAUCGUCAUGAGUGUGACGGUCAUAAACCAGUCAAGCAGCCCUAGGUUCCUGAUGGAACACCUCAACGCUCAGCUGAAGGGGUACAGCAGCAACCCGGAGGAGAGCUUCUGGAAAACACACAAAGAAGUGCAAAUAAAGCCGGGCGAAGUUCUGACGCUCCACCACACCAUCCUUCACUCGGAGUAUGAGUCGGUCCUGGCCAGUGAUGCCAUUGUGAGCGUGGCAGUGGUGAUAAAGGACGUGACGACCGAAGAAAGAUUCCUGGACACGCAGGAGUUCAACAUAAGCUCACCACAGAUAACCAUAGAGAUUGAAGGAGGGGACAGCAUCCAGAUGAAGAAGGAGCACACAGUCCAGGUGUCCUUCACCAACACAUUUACCAAAACCCUGAAUGGAGCUCUGCUGACUGUAGAGGGAUCGGGCUUGUUACAGGGCAAACACAAAGCCAGACUGGUUCUCCUGCAGCCAGGCGAGAAGAUAGAGAAGAUGGUGUCCAUCGUGGCCACUUCACCUGGCACUAAAGUGCUGAUGGCCACUUUCUCACACAGCAAAAGCCCCGGCGUCCUUUCCAGGAGCUUCCACAAAGUCUCAGUCGUGACUGCAUGACACUGAAGAGUCCAUCCUCCCAAAAGCUUCAACAACAAGAAAUCCAUUUCUUUGCACUGAGACAUGCAAGAUGUACGCUUUUUUUUAUUCUUUCAAUAUUGUGUAUAUAUAUAUAUAUAUAUAUAUUUUUUUUUUUUUUUUAAAUACGUGUUUGUUAUUUUUGAGAGCAUAGCAGCGAUACCUACCUCCCUGUGCGUUUUGGGAUUGAUUUUAAGAUUUUAUUAUUGACAUUUAAAUCAUUAAAUGGGCAAGCUCCGACCUCUCUGAUCAAGCUCCGGACACUCAGAUCCACUGACCAGUUGCUUCUGACUGUCCAGAGGUCUAGAGGUUGAAGCUCAGGAGUGACCGAGCCUUUACAGUUACAGCUCCAAAGCUCUGGAACGCUCUUCCUCCACAUGUUGGGCUGUUUUCCCCACACUGCCUGUUUUUAAAAUCAAACCUCAAAACACACUUUUAUUCCUUGGCUUUUGGCUCGGCAUGAGAGUUGACUAUUUUAAUCCUUUUUCCUUUCCUAUUGGUCUUAACGCUUUUAUUAUUUUAAUAUCCU